AACAAACCCUAAUAAGCUUAAUCCUUCAGAACUUCAACACUGAAUCAUGGCGAAGGAGAAGAAGCCGCAAUCCUCCAAUGUCCAGAGAGAGAACACAACUGCCAAUGCCAUGGAGGAUGAUGACCUAAUGGCCUCACCCAAAGAGGAAGAGGAGAUCGAACGGGUUCUUGCUGAUAUCCCUCUUGGAGAACUUCAGAAGGCACGGGCUGAUGGAUCCCAUGCUCCUCGAUCGAAGGCUCACAUCAAAAGGCAGCAGAAGCCUGGGCGUGCUCAUAAGAACAUGCCAAUGGAGAUGAGCAGCAAAGUGCCUGUUGCAAAGUUUAGGGAGGUCAUUCAAACUCCCAAAAAAGUUACACGAGAUCCCCGGUUUGAAUCUUUAUGUGGAACUCUUGACACAAAUGGGUUUCACAAAAGAUAUGACUUCCUGUUUCAGGUUGAGCUUCCUGCAGAGAAGGAGAAACUUCAUAAGUUAAUUAAGAAGGAGAGAGACCCAACUGUCAUGAAGGAAUUAAAGGAACACCUUUGUUGGAUUGACAAGCAGUUGCAAUCUGCACAACAGAAGAAAGUUGGAUCUCGUGUCUUAUCUGAACAUAUAAAGAAAGAAAAGGAAGCCGCAAAACAAGGGAAACGACCAUAUUACCUUAAAAAAUCGGAAAUCUGUCACGGGGAGCUAGUAAAGAAGUAUGAGGGUUUAAAGGCUGCUGGGAAGCUUGACUCCUUCAUUGAGAAGAGGAGGAAGAGAAAUGCUUUGAAAGAUAUCCGCUACAUGCCAUACCGGAGAACUAACAAAGAUGUGUGAUGGUAUAGAUGCUGAAUGUAUUGGUUCUGCAUGGGUCUUAGUAAGAAUGGAAACUUCAAGUAGUUACACAAUGGGUUGUUGGAUGAGUUUAAACUACUCUACUCUGUUGUAAAGCUAGCAGGAUCACAAGGCAUGCCUUUUGUCUUCUCGUACGUCAUUUCCUCAGAUGAAUUCCUGACUUUUUGAUGGAAUUUUCCGUGUUAAUGUUGUCAAUUUUGCUGUUGAGAUAGACUUGCCAUGCAGCAGAAACUUUUUUUUCCAAUCUGUACUGAUUUCAUUAAUGUAUCAUAUAUUUUUUUCCUCA